AUGUCUUCCGCUCCGUCGUGCAAGGUUGUCCUGGCGAAAAAUAUCGCCAAUGGCUUGCUUGAAGAAGUUAGCAAUGGACUGAAAACUUUACACAAGAAGCCUCACCUCGUGGGUUUCCUGGCGAAUCAAGACCCUGCUGCGCGCAUGUAUGCGGAUUGGACUGAGAAGACGUGUCUUGAGAAUGGCUAUCGCUACACACGCCGUGACGUUUCCAAAGACGACAUCGAAGAAGCCAUCCUCGCAGCCAACACGGACGACGACGUCGACGGCAUCAUCAUCUACUACCCGAUCUUCAACAACCGACAAGACCAAUACCUACAGCAAAUUGUCGACGUAGGCAAGGACGUCGAGGGACUCAGUCACCGCUACGUGUUCAACAUGUACCAAAACAUCCGGUUUCUCGACGAAGCCACGCAAACGCAGAAAUCCGUUCUGCCGUGCACACCGCUCGCCAUUGUCAAGAUCCUCGAGUAUCUGCACAUCUACAACAUCAUCCUUCCGUACGGCAACCGAUUGCACGGGCAUACCAUCUGCGUGGUGAAUCGGUCAGAGGUUGUGGGGAGACCGCUCGCAGCGCUGUUGGCGAAUGAUGGUGCCUGUGUAUACAGUGUUGAUAUCACCGGUGUGCAAAAGUUCACGCGCGGCGAGGGCCUGAAGAAGCGGAGGCAUGAGGUUGAGGAGAUGGACGGCUGGACGAUUAAAGAUGCCGCGCCGUUGUGUGACGUGGUGAUUACCGGUGUUCCCGGUAACUCGUAUAAGUUUGAUACGAGUUUGUUGAGAGGCGGCGCAGUGUGUAUUAAUUUCUCGAGUGAGAAGAACUUUGGGCCCGAGGUGAAGGAUAAAGCGUCCAUCUAUGUGCCGUCGAUUGGCAAGGUUACGAUAGUGGUGUUGUUGCGGAAUCUGCUGAGGAUUAUUCAGAACCGUGCGGCGGAUGGCGCAAAGCCUGCUAAUGCUGUUGAACAGCCCGGUACGCUUGAGGCUGCUUGA